AUUUUCCUUGAAUUUUUUCCUUCUUUUUGCAAAUUUUGAUUGCUACAUCAUACAUUGGUACGCCACAGUAGUAUCCGACAUCCAAUUUUCGUGCAUUGGACAUUUUUUCACUUAUGUAAGAGGCAACACAUUUUUGUUAAACUUUUAAUUGUUCUUCACCAUCAAAGUAGAUUUUUUAUACUUGAAUUAAAUCACUUUCAAUAAUUACAACCAUAACGUCGAUUUUUUGUAAAAGUCUAAAAUUAUUUGUCCACUAUCAUGGUCUGACUAAAUAUUGACAGCCGCUGCAUUACACAAUAUUAUUCCAGAAAUGGUUCUUCACAUUUUAAAGAAAGUCGAUGCUAUUUUUAUAAAAUUCGUUAAGAGAAAAUAAUCCAAAAACAAACAUUAAUCCGUAUGUGGAAAUUGAAAUUUACAUCUAUCAGUUCCAAUUCAAGAAUAUCGAAAACUCCCAAUUGGAAUAGAUUUUGACGUAUGUAAUGGCGUUUGGAGGCGGCUUUGUGGAGAGCACCGAAAUCGGCAAUCAGUAAAAAAGCAAAAUUAAUCACUUUUCACUUUAAAACCGAAUCGGAAGCACAAAGCCGUACUAUGAUGCCAUUGUUAAUGUGAAGGCUAAAUUUUGCAGGGCAGCCUGCAGAAAACCUGCAGGUAUUUUCAGAGCCACGAACAGUUAAUCGUUCAAGCUCUCCCCUUUUUGCAUUUUAGCCUAAAUCUUUGGCCAUAUAAAUGUUGAAUACAAAAAAGAGGGAAACCAAAACCAUUGGAAGAUUGCGUCGUCUCCGGCAGAAUUUCGAUCUCGCAACCCAUAAACCCUAAUUACUCCGCUAAGCUCGAGAGGAUGGGCCUCUAUUUAUAGUGAAUGUGAAGCAUUUAUCCGCCAGCCAUGGCUCUCAUUACUCAGUAGCCCUCCAGCUUCCCCAAAGUUCAAUGGCUGCGUCAUCUAGGCAGCUCUGUUUGAGUCUGUUAUCCUUUUGUUUAUGGCGGUGACACCAUCUGCUUUACAAUUGUGUACCAUGGGUUUCAGUGAUAAAUGCUUGCGGCAUGCUGUGAAUUUUGAAGCUGAGAGAGCAUGCAGGAGUAUUUUUGGAAGAUGUCUGAGGUUUAACAAUUUUCUUGCACCAAAUAGUUUAACAUCAUGCUUUCGAUCAAAGCAUAAGUUUCCUGAAAAGUUGUUGAAGGGCUUAGAUGGCUUUGAAAAGGAAUCAGUUUUCAUUGGUUACAAUGGUCUCGAUGGCUUAAUUGGGAAUAAUAUAUCUAGAGAGAAGUUCAGAGAGAAUUUUAAAGUUGGAAGUGCUGAAUUUGACGCCACCUUGACAUGCAAACAAUUCCCUUCCAUCUCUUUGGGUUGCUUCCCAACUGUGGAAUUGUAUGAUGGACCUGCAUACAAUACUCAAACCACAGAAUCAUUGGUGCCUCAAGUUCUUGAAGGAUGCAUUGCUAGUCGUAUUGAUGCAAAUUUGUUAGAUCCAAAUUUCAUCUACCAAAACAUGGAAGCUUUGUAUGCGGAGAUUUCAAAUAUGAAUAUGCAUCAGCAUCAUAUCCUGGAAGAUGACGUCAACAAAUCAACUAAUUCUCAGUCACAUGAUUUAAAGACAGAACCCAGAAAUGUUUUGCAAUUGACUGCAGAUGAACCUUGCAGCUAUGCUGGUUCUGAGACCCAGUUACCUGCUGUCUCGGUGGCAGUAAUUCUUGAUGAAAGUAUCAAUUUCAUUGGGCUUAGCAGACGCCAGAACAGUCAGCUAGAAAAAUGUGGUUUUUACACGUUGCGGAAACUGCUACAUCAUUUUCCUAGGACUUAUGUUGAUUUACAGAAUGCUGAGAUGGACAUUGACGAUGGUCAGUACAUGAUUUUUGUUGGGAAAAUAAUGUCUUCUAGGGGGAUCCGGGCUAGUAGUUCAUUCUCAUAUCUGGAGGUUAUUGUAGCUUCUGAUAUUGCAGAUAUUGAGGCAAAUGAUAACGUGACAGGCACAGCUGAUGAUGUUGAAAGGAGCAAACGAACUAUAUAUCUGCAUUUGAAGAAGUUUUUCCGUGGAGCUCGUUUCACAUGCAUGCCUUUCCUUAGAAGUAUUCAGGGAAAGCACAAGGAGGGUGAUGUUGUGUGCGUCAGUGGCAAGGUGCGCAAAAUGCGAAGUAAAGAUAACUUUGAAAUGAGGGAGUACAGUAUCGAUGUCGUUAACAACGAAGGAGAUUCAUGUGUUCUUGCCAAAGGGAGGCCUUAUCCAAUAUAUCCUUCCAAAAAAGGUCUUAACUCUGACGUUUUUAGGGACAUUAUUUCAAGAGCUUUGAAGAUGUUACCAGCUUAUCAUGAUCCUCUUCCUAAGGACAUUAUUCAGGAUUUUCAUCUACCAUCACUCUCUGAUGCAUAUAUUGGGAUUCACCAGCCGACUAGUUUUAGAAUGGCUGACUUAGCUCGUAGAAGGCUUAUAUUUGAUGAGUUCUUCUAUCUUCAGUUGGGAAAGUUAUUCCAAAUGCUUGAGGGUCUUGGUACCAAGUUAGAGAAAGAUGGAUUGCUUGAGAGGUACAUAAAGCCAGGGCUGAACACUAGACUUGUGGAAGAGUGGGCCAGUAUCACGAAAAAUUUUGUGAAGGUUCUUCCAUAUACGCUUACAACCAGUCAGCUACAAGCAACUUCAGAAAUCAUAUGGGAUCUAAAACGACCAGUUCCAAUGAAUAGGCUGUUACAGGGUGAUGUUGGAUGUGGGAAGACUGUGGUAGCAUUUUUAUCAUGCAUGGAGGUAAUUGGCUCUGGGUACCAGGCAGCUUUUAUGGUUCCAACAGAGCUGCUAGCCAUCCAGCAUUAUGAGCACCUUCUUGGCUUGCUUGAGAAAAUUGAAGAUGCCAAUGCAAAGCCUUCUGUUGCUCUAUUGACAGGAUCAACCUCAACGAAGCAAGCAAGAUUUAUUCGACAGGGUCUCCAAUCUGGAGAUAUCUCCAUGGUCAUUGGAACUCAUUCAUUAAUAGCUGAAAAGGUGGAAUUUUCAGCUUUGCGCAUAGCUGUCGUAGACGAGCAACAUCGCUUUGGUGUUGUUCAGAGAGGACGCUUCAACAGCAAGUUAUAUUUCAACAAUAUAACUUCCCAACUGAAGUCAACUAGUUCGAGUGACUCUGCAAAAAAUGAUGUCAGCAUGGCUCCCCAUGUUCUAGCUAUGUCAGCCACACCGAUACCGAGGUCGCUUGCUCUGGCAUUGUAUGGCGACAUGUCCUUGACUCAAAUCACAGAUUUACCUCCUGGAAGAUCGCCCAUUAAGACAUAUGUUAUCGAAGGAAAUGAAGUUGGAUUUGAUAAGGCUUACCAGAUGAUGUUGGAGGAACUCGGAGGUGGAGGGAAAGUAUAUCUCGUGUAUCCUGUGAUCGAGCAGUCUGAACAAUUGCCCCAACUUCGUGCUGCUUCAGCUGAUUUUGAAGCUAUUUCGAACAAGUUUUGCGGUUAUAAAUGCGGGCUGCUACAUGGUAGAAUGAAAAGCGACGAGAAGGAUGAAGCACUGAGGCAGUUCAGAUCUGGCGAAACAAAAAUUCUGCUCUCUACACAAGUAAUUGAAGUGGGUGUUGAUGUACCAGAUGCAUCCAUGAUGGUGGUGAUGAAUGCAGAGAGAUUCGGAAUCGCACAAUUGCAUCAGCUUCGAGGUAGAGUUGGACGCGGGGAGAGGAAGUCAAAAUGUAUUCUAAUGGCCUCUACAAACUCCAGCCUCAAACGGUUAAAGGUGCUCGAGGAAUCCUCGGACGGUUUCUACCUUGCAAAUAUGGAUCUCGUUCUUCGUGGGCCCGGGGACUUGCUGGGUAAAAAACAGUCGGGCCACCUGCCGGAGUUUCCUGUUACGAGGUUGGAGAUAGAUGGAAAUAUUCUUCAGGAAGCUCAUGUUGCAGCAUUGAAAGUUCUGGAGAGCUCUUAUGAUCUGGAGAAAUUCCCAGACCUGAGAGCUGAGCUUAGCAUCAGACAGCCGCUUUGCCUUCUGGGGGACUAAAUAGCAGCAUCAGCAUCGGCAUCAGCAUGGCGCAAAACAAUCCAUAAUUAGAAAUGAAGAGGAAAUGAGGCUAAAUUGCAGUGUUGUACCCUAUGACGCCAUAUUUACCUAGUGCUGACGUUUGAAACUGGUAUGUGAUAAUCUAAUGGUACAAAAAAAGGUCAAAACCAUGAAUCUUGUACAAUUAGUUAGUUUAGUUAUAACGUUCAUCUCAUGUGAAACUAUGUAUGUAUACGACAACAGUUUAGUGUAUAAGCACAGGGGAAGGAGGAGCGAAGAAGCAAGGAGUUAAAGUGGGACCCAUCUGUUAUCCACUGAUGCUGCAGUGUUGGGCCUACUGUGGGCUGCCGACUGCCAUAUAAAGCUAGAGCAAUUUGUGGGUCCCAUCGUUUCCCUAAUUUGAUGUGAGCUAUGCAUCUAUACCUUAACUAAUCAUUACAAUUACAAUUAGGUGCGCCUAAUUUGGACUUUGUUUUUAAUUUCUAAAUUAUACUCCAGUUUACAUAGAGAUAUUAUUCUCUCUGAAUUUCUUUUUCUUUGUCUAUAUUGGAAUUAAAUCAAAAUAUUAGUUUCCCAAUCAA